GCAAUAUGUUCCUCAGUAGGAAGAGGCCUGUCUUGGGUUCAUUUCUCCCCUACUUAUCUCAAGCAGAAAUCUAAUGGCACUGCUAUAUUAUCCGUGGGGAGUGAAAUAUAUCCCCUUCCAUUCUGGUCCUUGUUAUGAGUCCCUCUCAGCAGCACUGGCACUAAUGUAACAAAAAAGAACAUUGAGGGAGGCUGUUAAAAGCUUCUGUAGGACUCAGCCAUUAAUAAUCCUAAAAUAACUAUUGUUUUGUAUCACAGCAGGGCCUUCUUUCUGCAAAUGCCAUGUACUGAUUGUACUCGGUAUAGUGCACUCACACGUAUCUCAGAUGUCUGCCUGCUUUGUUCCUCUAACACCCCGUGAUUGGCCGAAACGAGAUGACUCAUGUGCCGAACAGAACUUUUAUUAUGGGGGAAAUGAGGCAUCUAAAAAUGACUGUAGAAAGUGACUGUAAAAUGUUAUCUGCUCUGAGAACAAUCAGCAGGUAAAAGGGAUAAGAUUUGGGUACAGCUCAAUGAUACAAGUAAAUACCAUACCUAUCGUUUAUUUAUUUAUUCAUUGGCUGUUUGUCUGUACAUGUCUGGCAAUAUAAGAAGUAUCCAUUCUUUAAUGUCAUGAAUAUGACCGUGGCAAUUAUGUGAGGUUAAAUAAAAUGGUCAGGUCCAUGGGUGACAUCACAGAGCAUGGUCACGCUUACUUAUGUGAUGUCAUAGGGAUGAAUGUCUGACCCCCACUUAUUAACUACCCUACUAGAAAGCUGACCGCCCUCUUACCGCUCUGUUGAGUUGCACUGACUGCCUAUUUGCUUCCUGAAAACUCUUUCUUUCAGAUGAAAAUAUUUAAAGAUGGAUGUGCAUCCCACUGUGAAACAUAUGGCCAUCUUUAAUCAUCAUGCGGGAGUUUCAGCUAUGCGGGAGUCGGCAAAGCAUCACGAGAGCACCAAGAAAGAAGAAAAGCUUGUGGCAUUCUGCCAGUAUUAAGAAAUGGCAGAGGGAGUCGUUCAGCAAGUCGAGGAUGAAGAUCAAGAGCAAGCACUGGAGGAACAGCUUAUGCGAGACCUUCAAAAUAUGCUAGGAGAUAGCGUAAAUGACCCUUGCUUUCAAAAUGACCCAGAGUGGAGUGAUCAAGAAUUAGUUUCUAUACAAAAUACACCUCUAGAUGAGAGAAUGGGAAACACAGCAUGGUGUAAAUGUGGAAAGUGCAUUCCUAUGCCAACCAAAGAUGAGUCCUGCUGCUGCACGGAAAUCCAGGACAUAGCACAUUAUUUUGAAGGUGAUGUCAUUUGCAUAACCACUGUGGAUGACAUGUUGGAUAUGUGCAUGGAUGAAAAUCGACUGGAUUUCAUGAUAAGAUGGAGUGGCCGUUACUCAAGAGCAGCAUACAGACGUGAUCGAAACCGGAUCCUUAGAAAGGCAGCUUACCGGGCCUUCUCAACAUGGGCGCACGGCUAUCUUGGACUUGGGAACAGAAUUCCGAUACCUUCCUGUAUGGUUAACUUAAUUAGAAAGAAGUUUCCUGACAGUCAACAACGUUACGUUGGAUUCUUUUGGAGCAAUGAUUACCCUGCCAUUGACAUGGCUUUUGAUUUCUAAUUGUUUUGUUGUUCAUUUUGUAAUCUUUAAAAAUUGUACUUUUUCAGUAAUUCAAGUGUUUUUAGUGGACAUUUUUAAAAAAUUUGUAAAAUUUUUACUUGAUUUUAGUUCUAAGAGCAAUUAAA